AUGGGUAAGAUCGUUGGUCUUCUGAUUGCGUCUCUCGUAGCGCUCCAAUCCUUCAGCGAUGGGUAUAAAUGGGGCUACGGGUACGGUGGCAUGAUUUCCCGAAGAUAUAUGGGUCAUGGUGGACACGGUGGCGGCGGUAUGAUGGGUGGCGGCAUAAUGGGAGGGGGGAUGUAUGGUGGAUAUUCAAGCAUGAUGGGCGGUGGUGGUAUGGAUGGAGGAAUGAUGGGCGGUGGUGGAAUGGGUGGCGGCGGCGGUAUGGGAGGCGGCAUGAUGGAUGGUGGGAUGUAUGGUGGCUAUUCCGGUGGAGGUAUGGGUGGAGGAAUGAUGGGCGGUGGUGGAAUGGGUGGCGGCGGUGGUAUGGGCGGCGGUAUGAUGGAUGGUGGGAUAUAUGGUGGCUAUUCCGGUGGAGGUAUGGGUGUAGGAAUGAUGGGCGGCGGUGGCAUGGGCGGUGGCAUGGGCGGCGGUGGCAUGGGCGGCGGAAUGAUGGGCGGCGGUGACAUGGGCGGCGGAGGCAUGGGCGGCGGCAUGAUGGGCGGCGGUGGCAUGGGCGGCGGUGGCAUGGGCGGCGGCAUGAUGGGCGGUGGUGAUAUGGGUGGCGGCAUGAUGGGAGGUGGAUACGGUAGCUAUGGCAUGAUGGGCUCCAUGAUGAGAAGCGGGUAUACUAGUUGGGGAUGGCGAUGCACGUGCAGGAAGUUCUGCAGGUGGCCCGAGAUGGACUUUGGAAGGUGUAGAUGGUGCAAGUGGUGGAGCUGCAGAAGGAGGUGAUGCAGGCGCCGCAAGUAGAGAUUAUUACGACAUUGCCAGACACCACACUUAUCUUGAACACUCUCUACACGUGUACAAUGAGGAAAGUUCAAUUGUUUAAUAACCUUCCCACAACGCUAAGCUGUUAUAUACUUUUAUAGAAAAAACAGAGACUUUAAAAAAAUGAAGUCCAGCUAGUAAUAACAAAAUAUAGCUUUACAAAUAAUAUUUGCAAAUAAUGAGGUAGCAAUGG